UUCAGUGCUUUCUCGUCUGCUCACAGGGAGACGCUCAGGCUGGAGGCCAGCAAGCUCUUGCCGCCGCCUCGGUCGCGAUGGGGGCGCAGGACCGGCCGCAGUGCCACUUCGAUAUCGAGAUCAACCGGGAGCCGGUUGGUCGAAUUAUGUUUCAGCUCUUCUCAGACAUAUGUCCAAAAACAUGCAAAAACUUCCUUUGCCUAUGCUCUGGGGAGAAAGGCCUUGGGAAAACAACUGGGAAGAAGUUAUGUUAUAAAGGUUCUACAUUCCAUCGUGUGGUUAAAAACUUUAUGAUUCAGGGUGGGGACUUCAGUGAAGGUAAUGGAAAAGGUGGAGAAUCAAUUUAUGGUGGCUUUUUUAAAGAUGAAAACUUUAUUCUCAAACAUGACAGAGCGUUCCUUUUGUCAAUGGCAAAUCGAGGGAAACAUACCAAUGGUUCCCAGUUUUUCAUUACCACAAAACCUGCUCCGCACCUGGAUGGGGUGCAUGUUGUUUUUGGACUGGUUAUUUCUGGUUUUGAAAUAAUCAAACAAAUUGAAAAUCUGAAAACUGAUGCUGCAAGCAGACCUUAUGCAGAUGUGCGAGUUAUAGACUGUGGGGUGCUUGCCACAAAAUCAACAAAAGAUGUUUUUGAGAAAAAAAGGAAAAAACCAACUCAUUCAGAAGGCUCGGAUUCGUCUUCCAAUUCCUCUUCCUCUUCCGAAUCAUCUUCAGAAAGUGAAAUUGAACAUGAGAGAAGCAGAAGAAGGAAACAUAAGAGGAGGCCAAAAGUUAAACAUUCUAAAAAGAGACGAAAGGAAGCAAGCAGUUCAGAAGAGCCAAGGAAUAAACAUACAAUGACCCCAAAAGGUCACUCUGAGAGGAGUGAUACCAAUGAAAAAAGGUCAAUAGAUUCAAAUGCUAAAAGGGAAAAGCCUGUGGUCCGCCCAGAAGAGAUUCCUCCAGUGCCUGAGAACCGAUUUUUACUCAGAAGAGAUAUGCCUGUUGUCACUGUGGAACCUGAGCCGAAGAUUCCUGAUGUUACACCUGUAAGUGAUCAGAAACCAUCCGUAUCAAAGUCUGGACGAAAAAUUAAAGGAAGAGGCACAAUUCGCUAUCACACACCUCCAAGGUCAAGAUCCUGUUCUGAGUCAGAUGAUGAUGACAGCAGUGAAACCCCUCCUCAUUGGAAAGAGGAAAUGCAGAGAUUGAGAGUAUACAGACCACCUAGUGGAGAAAAAUGGAGUAAAGGAGAUAAGUUAAGUGAUCCCUGUUCAAGCCGAUGGGAUGAAAGAAGUUUGUCCCAGAGAUCCAGAUCAUGGUCCUAUAAUGGAUAUUAUUCAGACCUUAGUACAGCAAGACACUCUGAUAGUCACCAUAAAAAACGCAGAAAAGAGAAAAAGGUUAAGCAUAAAAAGAAAGCUAAAAAGCAGAAACACUGCAGAAGACACAAACAGACUAAGAGGAGAAGGACUGUUGUACCAUCUGACAUAGAAUCCUCAAAAUCUUCCACUCGACGAAUGAAAUCCCCUUGUGAUAGAGAAAGGAGAUCUCGUUCUUCCUCUUUAUCAUCUCACCACUCAUCAAAGAGGGACUGGUCUAAAUCUGAUAAGGAUGACCAGAGUUCUUCAACCCAUUCCAGCAGAGACUCAUACAGAUCAAAAUCUCACUCACAGUCUUAUUCUAGAGGAAGCUCAAGAUCAAGGACUGCAUCAAAAUCCUCAUCACAUUCUCCAAGUCGAUCAAAAUCCAGAUCUAGUUCCAAGUCGGGGCACAAAAGGACAGCAUCAAAAUCACCAAGAACAACAACUUCUCAGUUAAGUGAAAAUAAGCCAGUUAAAACAGAACCUUCAAGAGCAACAGUGCCACAAAAUGAAAACGUAGUAGUACAACCAGUGAUAGCGGAAAAUAUUCCUGUAAUACCGUUGAGUGAUAGUCCCCCUCCUUCAAGGUGGAAGCCUGGACAGAAGCCCUGGAAGCCCUCUUAUGAGCGAAUUCAGGAAAUGAAAGCUAAAACAACCCAUUUGCUGCCCAUCCAAAGCACUUAUAGUUUAGCAAAUAUUAAAGGAACUGGUAGUUCAUCAUCCUACCAUAAAAGAGAAAAAAAUUCACAAAGCGAUCGGAGUGCUUAUUCAAAAUACAGUGAUAGAAGUUCAGAAAGUUCACCAAGGUCAAGGAGCAGGUCGUCUCGGAGUAGAUCUUACUCCAGAUCGUACACAAGGUCACGUAGUCUAGCUAGUUCACAUUCAAGGUCUAGGUCUCCAUCAUCUAGAUCUCAUUCACGAAAUAAAUACAGUGAUCAUUCACAGUGUAGUAGAUCAUCUUCAUACACUUCUGUUAGCAGUGAUGAUGGAAGGCGAAUCAAGAGGAAAUCUAGAUCCAAUGGGAAAAAAAAUAAUGCUUCAAAUAAAAGGCACAGCAGAAGCUCUGAAAAGACACUUCAUAGUAAAUAUGUCGAAGGCAGGGAUAAAUCUUCAUGUCAGAGAAAGUAUAGUGAAAGCAGGUCAUCUUUAGAUUAUUUUUCAGACAGUGAACAGUCAAGUGUUCAGAUUACACAGUCAGCCCAGGAAAAAGAGAGGCAGGGCCAAAAGGAUAUAACAAAUAGCAAAAAAGAAAAAAACAGAGAUGAGGAGAAAUCCAAGCCUAAACGGGAAUGCCUUCGUUCAAAAAAAAGAACUUCGAAAGAGAAUCUUUCUGAUCACUUUAGAAAUGGCAGUAAGCCCAAAAGGAAGAAUUAUGCUGGGAGUAAGUGGGACUCUGAGUCAAAUUCAGAACGAGGUGUAACUAAAAACAAUAGAAAUGAUUCCCGGCCAUCUUCUGAUAAGGAGGAAGGUGAGGCCACCUCAGAUUCUGAAUCAGAGGUUAGUGAAAUUCACACCAAAGCCAAACCCACAACAAAAUCUUCAGCAAAUACUUCAUUGCCUGGUGAUAAUGGUGCUCAGAAAUCAAGCAGACAGCAGUCAUCAGCUUCUGAUUCUGAGGACUCCUAUUCCAAUUCAGAAAAUAAUAGAGGAAAGUUGCUGAAGCACAAACAUGGGUCAAAGGAAAAUCUUAAAAGGGAACACACCAAAAAAAUGAAAGAGAAAUUGAAAGGGAAAAAAGAUAAAAAGCACAAGGCUCCAAAACGAAAACAAGCAUUUCACUGGCAGCCUCCACUAGAAUUUGGUGAAGAGGAGGAGGAGGAGAUUAAUGAAAAGCAAAUUACCCAGGAGUCAAAAGAGAAAAAACAAGUAUCUGAAAACAGUGAAACCAUAAUAGAUAAUCCCAAAACUGAGAAAUCCUGUGAAGAGGGCGGCAUUUCAGGUAAACAUAAUACAAUGACUGUUUCAUCAGAUCUUGAUCAUCUUACUAAAGACGAUAGUAAACUCAACAUUUCUCCCACAGCUUUAAAUACUGAGGAAAAUGUAGCCAUUUCUCCCCCAAAUAUUCAGCAUAUUGAAGAAGGUGUCCCAAGUGGAGUGGAGGAUGUGCUUCAAACAGAUGACAACAUGGAGAUUUGCACUCCUGAUAGGAAUUCCCCAGCCAAGUUAGAGGGGGCUUCCCCUCUAGGAAAUUCAAGGCUUGACUCUCCAGAUACAAGCAUUGUUCUAAAGCAGGAUAUGCAAACAGAACAUCCUGAAGCAGUGGUAGUACAACAGGAAAGCGGCAUGUCUGAAAGCAAAACUAUGGGUGAAAAGAGGAAACAGGAGGGCAGCUCUGCUAGUUUGGCCAAUGCUGUAGAAAAUACUGGGAAAAAGGAGGUAGCUGAGAAGAGCCAGAUCAACGUCAUGGAUAAUAAAUGGAAGCCUCUGCAAGGUGUGGGGAACCUGGCAGCACCUGCUGCUACCAUAUCCAGUGCUGUGGAAGUUAAGGCAUCAACUACUGUGCCUGAAAUGAAACCACAAGGCUUGAGAAUAGAAAUUAAAAGCAAAAACAAAGUUCGGCCUGGUUCUCUCUUUGAUGAAGUAAGAAAGACAGCACGCUUAAACCGGAGACCAAGAAAUCAGGAGAGUUCAAGUGAUGAGCAGACGCCUAGUCGGGAUGGUGAUAGCCAGUCCAGGAGUCCAAGCCGAUCUCGAAGUAAAUCUGAAACCAAAUCAAGACACAGAACAAGGUCUGUCUCGUAUAGUCACUCAAGAAGUCGAUCAAGAAGUUCUACAUCAUCUUAUCGGUCAAGAAGCUACUCUAGACCUAGGUCUAGAAGUCGGAGCAGAGGAUGGUACAGCAGAGGCCGAACCAGAAGCCGUAGCAGUUCCUACCGCAGUUACAAAAGUCACAGGACAUCCAGCAGGAGCAGAUCCAGGAGCAGCUCGUAUGAUCCCCACAGUCGGUCCAGCAGGUCCUACACUUACGAUAGCUACUAUAGCAGGAGUCGGAGUCGAAGUAGAAGCCAGAGGAGUGACAGUUACCACAAAGGCAGAAGUUACAAUAGGCGGUCCAGGAGUUGUAGAUCUUAUGGCUCUGACAGUGAAAGUGACCGAAGUUACUCUCAUCACCGGAGCCCCAGUGAAAGCAGCAGAUACAGUUAAAAAUGUCCUUUUUUGAUACAAAUUAUAUCUUAUUUGUAAAUAUCUGGUAACUUAAAAGUUUAAGAAACUUAAUUGCAGUCUUUUUCUGUUUCAGUAUCAGAGAUGAGUUUCAAAUAUAGACACUUCUUAAUUGUUACUCAUUCAUUUACAUAUGCGCAGAAGAAUUUAAGAUACAGAUAUGUCUCCUACAAGUAUUUUUAAUGCCACAUUUUACAGCAGCCAACUAUGGAAAUGAGUUUCAUUUUCUUGAAUCAAGAAAUUGUGAAAUUUAUCUAAGUAUAAUUUGCAAUAUUACUUUAGAUAGACUGUUUCUCUGCAUCUCACGUAUUCCUUGGAAUAUAGAUUCAUUUUUGCCCAUUUUUCAGGUUUUAGCAUAUAUGCUGCCAAGCAUAGUACUGUGAAGAAGAACUGUUAAAGGCAGCCAAAUAUUUAUAUACCAAUGACACAGAGUUUUGUACAUGUGUUCUCAAAAACAAACCACCCAGAUUGAUACCAAUGGUAGCCAGGAGUAUAAGGCAGUGGCUUUGGGGUUCUUAUUUCAUUCAUUCCUUCUUUUCUGUCUCAGAGGAUCAGGAAAGUGGUCAUCAUACAGCCCACAGUCUGCAUUACUUCAGGCUGGCAGGCAAGGUUAAGAACAAAUCAGCCUUAACUAUAAAUAUCUGCACUGUCUCUAAGGACUUAAUACUUUAUGUGCUUUUUAAUAAAUACUAUCAGAAGUUUAGAUUACAAAAAACAAUUCUACUCCAGUUCAUGCUUUGGUGCUUGGUACCUCUUGGUGCCUCUUUAAGCAUUAUUCUUUUCUACAUCAGAAUACCAUUAAAGAGAAAAAUGAUUUUUUAAUUUUUUAUUCAUUGGCACCGAAAUGGUUUCUUCUGAUCUGCCUUUCAUUUUAAAUAUUUGGGGGCUUCUCUCAAGCACAGAUAUGGGUUGGGGGUCCCCUGUAGCAAGCAGGAUUGGCAAUAGAGGGUGUACCCACGUCUGUAGCAUGUGUGUGCCUCUGAAGAAUGGACUUUAGAAGUAACACCAAAAUCUAACUACCAUCAUCCUGGAGACAUUUUGCAGGGCUUUAGUUUUAAGUUUUUCAAGUAAGGGAUAUGCCACAACAGCAGCUGAACUAUUCUAACCAGAAUGUUUUUCCUGUUUCCACUCUGACCACACCGACUCAAUGAAGCGUUGCAUGACCUGAGUAAACCUAGGACAAGAGACAGGAGAAGUGGAGAAUAGGGUGCUGCAUAAGUUAUACAUUUUCGUGGCUUUGGGUGGUUCCUCCAAAAAUAAUUUGAUCUGUAAAAACUAGUGUGAUUUUUUUUUUAAUCUUUAGUUUGUAUUUUUUCCCAAAGUGUACUUAAUCACCUUUGUGCCAGUUUAAUCCAGUUAUGCAGAAAAAAUUCAUAUUGGAUGUUUGAUGUAGAAUUCUGCAUCAUCCUACCCCAGGCCUUGCCUGGCAUAUUUGGGAAAUGGGAAAGAGCUCUCAGUUGGAGGGAUCUGACAACUUUUGAUGGAUGGAUGGGUGACGGUGGAUGUAUUAAAACUAUCACCUAUAGAAGGUGUGUAAACAGGGUUAGGUGAUUGGUUGUUUGCCAAGUUGAUAGACAAAAGUACAUUAGAAAACAGGACUUAAAUCAAACAAAUAGUACUUGAUAGUGAAUACAAAACAAUUUGUGAUUCAAAUUAAGGGUUUUCGAAAGUUGCCUGCAAAGGAGAAUAUUGCUUUAAUACUAUUCAGUGGGAAAAACAAUGCAUUCAGAACCCAAACAGAAACUGCCAAAUCUGGUUAGGUUAAGAAAAGUUACCCUUGGGCAGUGUAUUAGUUUUCUAUUGCUGUGUGACAAAUUACCCCAAAUUUAGUAGCUUGAAACAACACCAAUUUAUUAGCUCACAGUUCUGUAGCUCGUGGGUCCAGCAUGGUAUGGCUGGAUUCUCUGCUCAGGGUCUCACAAGGCUGAAAUCAAGGGUUGGCAGGGCAGCAUUCCUUUAUGGAAGCUCUGGGGAAGAAUCUGCUUCCAAGCUCAUUUAGGUCAUUGGCAGAAUUUAGUUCCUUUAUGGUUGUCAGCUGGGGGCCUCUCAGCUCCUUAAAGCUGCCCCCAUUCCUUCCUGUAUGGUCCCCUACAUCUUCAAAGGAGCAAUGACCCUUCUCUUUCUCAUGCUUCAAAUAUCUAUGCCUUCCUACUCUAUUUUAAGGGUCCAUGUGAUUGGAUCAAACUCACAAAGAUCAUCUCUCUAUUUUAAGGUCAGUUGUGCCAUAAAACAUCAUAAUCACAGGAUUCAAUAUCUCGUCAUAUUCACAGGUUCUGAGGAUUGGCACAUGGAAGUGGGGGAGGGGCAUUUUAGAAUUCUGCCUACCACAGGCAGUAACUUUGCCCAUCUCAGCUGUGGGUAGAAUUUUAUCCUGAAAAGGUAGGCCCUAGAAGCCUCAUUUGUUUUCUUCAUGAAAAAGGACAGCCCUCUGCUGCAGUAUUCAACUUGUGUGUUUACUGAAGUGAACUACAGAAAUGGCUUUUCUUCCUAUAGGGUGUUGUUCUGUAUUUUGAAGUUAUUUUUAAUAAAAUUGAAUUAUGUUGUGUUUGUGCUUCUUAAUAGAAAAUGCAUUAUUGGACUGUUUUGUAACAUCCUGUUUACUGCAAAUGAAAUAGCUAGUAUUGCUGAAACUAGAAAAUACUUUUGUACAUAUUAGCAAUGUCUUAUUUGUAUACACUUGAAUUAAAUUUCCCUAUAACUUGAAAGAGGGAUCUUGUAGAAAUUAAAAUAUAUAUACUUAGUCUAA